ACAGAGCGAGACUCCAUCUCAAAAAAAAAAAAAAAAAAAAAAGCUCCUGGCUUGCAGAAUGUGCUCUAUCAGCAAUGGCUAUUGGGGAUUUUAUUGUAAUUCUGAUCUGAUGCACCCCUAGGGUGGGUACUGUAGGGUGCGAGAUCAGAGAGCAGCUGCAAGGCUCUAACGCUGCACAGAGGCCACAGCUUUUGCUAUGGUCUUGCUUGAGGCCAUCGCUCAGGCCAGGAGAAACUGGAACUCCAGGCUUUGCCUCUUUUCCAGGGAAGCUGUUUGGGCAGGGGAGGGGCUUCCAGGAUCCAUAGGGGCAGAUGGGAGCCAGCAGUGGGCAGCUGAGAGCAACGACCCAUUCAAAGAGAGGGCGUUAGUGCAGGGUACCAAGAUCAGGAAGAGGAGUGGCGCAGAGGUGGGAGGUGAUGAGACUCAGACUGCAGAGAGAAGAAAGGGCCUGCAGCCCAGAUCCCAGCUCCACCUCUCCUGCUCUGCAUUCAGGCAGAGUGCAGAGGGACGAAGAGGGAGGUAAGGUGGGGGACAAGACAGAGAUGCAUGUACCUGGGACGUGAACCUGCAUGGAGCCCAGCAGGAGGCUUCUGGCCACCACACUGCUAGUCCCCAGGGGCCCUUGCAAGUGGACUUUGUGUUGCCCCACAUGCAUGUGACUUGGCCAGAGGACAGAGUCUUCAUGUGAAUGGGAAAAAGAUCCCCCUCUCCCAGUGGACAUAUUUGACAAACAAAUAGUGGACUGGUUUUCAGCCCCUGCUCAUCUCACUGGCCCAAUGCCUUUGUGCAGUGAGCAACCUGCACAACUGUACUUGGCAAUCAUGUUUUCCUCCUAGGGUGCCCCGGCUAGGGGUGCUGCCCACCCGCUGCUAUGAGCCCCCUGCAUGGGAUGGUGGUUGUGGUUAUGGAGGAGGUGUGUUGCUGUGUUAGAAACAGGCCUGGGCUGAGAGAAGGGGACUCAGUCAGGCAGCUGGGCAGAGACGUGGACAGCAGGGCUGAGGUGAUAGAGGGACCUCCACGGACAUCAAGGCAGGUGAUGGAGACAGCAGCCUGCUGGUUUGGAGCAGGACCUAUCACCAAAGACAUGGACGAAUGUCAGCAGAACCCAAGGCUCUGUAAAAGCUACGGCACCUGCGUCAACACCCUCGGCAGCUACACCUGCCAGUGUCUGCCUGGCUUCAAGUUCAAACCUGAGGACCCGAAGCUCUGCACAGAUGUGAAUGAAUGCACCUCCGGACAAAACCCAUGCCACAGCUCCACCCACUGCCUCAACAACGUGGGCAGCUAUCAGUGCCGCUGCCGCCCGGGCUGGCAACCGAUUCCGGGCUCCCCCAAUGGCCCAAACAAUACCAUCUGUGAAGAUGUGGACGAGUGCAGCUCCGGUCUGCAUCAGUGUGACAAUUCCACCGUCUGCUUCAACACCGUGGGUUCAUACACCUGCCGCUGCCGCCCAGGCUGGGAGCCCAAGCAGGGAAUCCAGAAUAACCAAAAGGACACUGUCUGUGAAGAGAUGACUUUCCCCACCUGGACCCCGCCCCCCGGAGUCCACAGCCAGACGCUUUCCCAAUUCUUCAACAAAGUCCAGGACCUGGGCAGAGACUUCAAGACAAGCUCAGCCAAUGUCACCAUGCAGAACCUCGUCAAAUUGGUGGACGAACUGAUGGAAGCUCCUGGGGAUAUAGAGGCCCUGGCCCCACCUGUCCGGCACCUCAUAGCCACCCAACUGCUCUCAAACCUUGAAGAUAUCCUGAGAAUCCUGGCCAAGACCCUGCCUGAAGGCCCCUUCACCUACCUUUCCCCUUCGAACACAGAGCUGACCCUGAUGAUCCAGAAGCAGGGGGACAAGAACGUCACUAUGGGUCAGAGCAAUGCACGCAUGAAGCUGAAUUGGGCUGUGGCAGCUGGAGCCAAGGACCCAGGUAGCCCCGCCGUGGCGGGCAUCCUCUCCAUCCAGAACAUGACGACGUUGCUGGCCAAUGCCUCCUUGAACCUGCAUUCCAAGAAGCAAGCUGAGCUGGAGGAGAUCUAUGAAAGUAACAUCCGUGGUGUCCGACUCAGACGCCUGUCGGCCGUCAACUCCGUCUUUCUGAGCCACAACACCACCAAGGAACUCAACUUCCCCAUCCUGUUUGCCUUCUCCCACCUUGAGUCCUCCGGUGGGGAGGAGGGAAGAGACCCUCCUGCCAAGGACGUGAUGCCUGGGCCACGGCAGGAGCUGAUCUGUGCCUUCUGGAAGAGUGACAGCAACAGGGGAGGGCACUGGGCCACCGAGGGCUGCCAGGUGCUGGGCAGCAAGAACGGCAGCACCACCUGCCAAUGCAGCCACCUGAGCAGCUUUGCGAUCCUCAUGGCUCAUUAUGACCUGGAGGACUGGAAGCUGACCCUGAUCACCAGGGUAGGACUGGCGCUGUCACUCUUCUGCCUGCUGCUGUGCAUCCUCACCUUCCUGCUGGUGCGGCCCAUCCAGGGCUCGCGCACCACCAUACACCUGCACCUCUGCAUCUGCCUCUUCGUGGGCUCCACCAUCUUCCUGGCCGGCAUCGAGAACGAAGGCGGCCAGGUGGGGCUGCGCUGCCGCCUGGUGGCCGGGCUGCUGCACUACUGCUUCCUGGCCGCCUUCUGCUGGAUGAGCCUCGAGGGCCUGGAGCUCUACUUUCUUGUGGUGCGCGUCUUCCAGGGCCAGGGCCUGAGUACGCGCUGGCUCUGCCUGAUCGGCUAUGGCGUGCCCCUGCUCAUCGUGGGCGUCUCGGCUGCCGUCUACAGCAAGGGCUACGGCCGCCCCAGAUACUGCUGGCUGGACUUUGAGCAGGGCUUCCUCUGGAGCUUCCUGGGACCUGUGACCUUUAUCAUUUUGUGCAAUGCUGUCAUUUUCGUGACUACCGUCUGGAAGCUCACUCAGAAGUUUUCUGAAAUCAAUCCAGACAUGAAGAAAUUAAAGAAGGCGAGGGCGCUGACCAUCACGGCCAUCGCGCAACUCUUCCUGUUGGGCUGCACCUGGGUCUUUGGCCUGUUCAUCUUCGACGAUCGGAGCUUGGUGCUGACCUAUGUGUUCACCAUCCUCAACUGCCUGCAGGGCGCCUUCCUCUACCUGCUGCACUGCCUGCUCAACAAGAAGGUUCGGGAGGAAUACCGGAAGUGGGCCUGCCUAGUUGCCAGCGGGAGCAAGUACUCAGAAUUCACCUCUACCACGUCUGGCACUGGCCACAAUCAGAGCCGGGCCCUCAGGGCGUCAGAGUCUGGCAUAUGAAAGCACAUGGUUCCGGACGGUCCAGCAGCUCCUGUGGCCGCAGCAGCUUUGUACAGGAAGACCGACCAUCCUCCCUUCGUCCACCGCUCUGCUCCCUCCACCCUCCCUCCCUAAGCCCCAUGUGUGUCACCAGGAGGGAGUGGCAGCUAUAGUCUGGCACCAAAGCCCAGGACACCCAACGGGGUGGAGCCAGAGCCACUGGUCCUGCUGCUGGCUGCCUCUCUCCUCCACCUUGUGACCCAGGGCAAGUACAGGGGCUGGCCCAGGGCUGCAGCGUGUUGCCCUGGCACCUGGGGCCAGUACUCAGGACAGACUGAGGGCUCUUGUCCCAGCCUGGACUUUUCCUCUCAUGUCUGCUGCAGAACUGAAGAGACUAGGUGCUGGGGCUCAGCUUCCUUCUUAAGCUAAGACUGAUGUCAGAGGCCCCACGGCAGGGCCCCUUGGGGCCACUGCCUGAGGCUCACGGUACAGAGGCCUGCCUGCCUGCCCAGGCAGGAGGUUCUCACUGUUGUGAAGGUUGUGGAUGUUGUGUAAUGUGUUUUUAUCUGUUCAAACUUUUCAAUGUUGACACUUAAAAUUAAACACAUGCAUACAGAAGA